AUGUCUACAACAUCUUAUUUGAUUACUGAUUCCUCUGCUAAAUCUUCUUCCGAAAAUAUUCAAAAUUCCCUUCAGACAGCUAUAAGUUCUAAUAAUAUUACAAAUUAUAUCAAAUUUGAAUAUUUUGAAGGCUCUACUAAAUCGAAUUCUAAAAAUUUUAAUAAACAUGAAUAUUCUGCUAAAAGCAAUCGCUCAAAGAAACAACACUUAAGAUUUAGACAAAAACUUAACCCAGUUUGUGAAUAUAUAGAUGAACUAAGCAAUGAGCUUAGUGACAAAGCCUUUAAAGUUUGCAAAAUAUGCAAUAAUAAGUGGGCUGAAGGAACAUCAAUUUCAACUAUAAAAAGUCACUUUAAAAGCAAAUAUUCACUUAUCUUUGAAGAUCUUCAACAAAACUCUUCGAGUACUCAAUCUUCUUUUUACUCAACCUCUGUGUUUGGUACUGACUCGACUUCUGGAAUUUUUUAG